GUUUACCCAACUAAUAAUUAGUUACCCAGCUCCCAAAUGGUUUAACCAAUAUUUGUUGAUUGAGAAACUAACUUGUUUUGCAACUAUCCCGUGAGUGGAAUGGCGAAUACCUGAUAGCAUUUGCUUGGGGCAUGCUUUCCUGGUCUAGGCCAACAUCCUCGAGUGCCAGCUAGUGCGAUAACGUGGCGCGCCACUUCCUCCGUUUCCAGAUGACGAGAGCAAGGCAAACGCAGCCGAAAUCGGAAUCACGAGAGCGUUGAUAGCCAGCUGAUAAGCUGGUUGGGCCGCCGACUAUAAGAGAUGGCUCCGGCGACGUCCCAAUGCUAUUCCACAACGAGAGCAACCAUGUCCGGAGCACCUUGGAUGUGCCUGGCUUUUGUGGCCUGUCUGCUGGCCGCAUCGGUGGACGGCAAUGGGUUCAGCACCCAGUAUCGUGGUCACACGCAGCACCCCAGCCUGGCGGAGCACUGCCUCUACGAGGAGCUGGACCUGGCCGUUCCACUCAAUGGCUACGCUCUGCCCUCCGGUCAGCAGGGCUACUGCAUUCGCCUGGAGUGCACCGAUGACUAUCUGCUGCUGAUACGCCACUGCGACAAACAGCCCUGGCCGCGACCUGGCUGCCACCUCUCACCCAACGACUAUGAUUUCAAGUUUCCCGAGUGCUGUCCGCAACUCGAGUGCUCCGACGAAUAGUAGAGACUAGAUACUA